AUGUCGAAAAUAGAAGUCAUUACGGAAUCUGUCAACAAUGGCCAUACGGGGAAGCUAGAAUCCAUCCAGUACACCCAGUCUCAGAUGGUGGGCCACGGCUCGUUUGGUGUGGUGUUCCAAACCCAGCUCUUGCCUAGCAAUGAGAUUGCGGCAAUAAAACGUGUCCUUCAAGACAAGCGCUUCAAGAACAGAGAGCUUCAGAUCAUGAAGUUGGUACACCACAGAAACAUUGUGGACUUGAAGUACUACUUCUACACCAAUAACGACAAGAACGAGUUAUACUUGAACUUGAUUUUGGAGUUUGUACCUGAAACCUUGUACAAGGCCUCACACUAUUACGUGUCGAAGAGAUUGUCUAUGCCUUCGCUAGAAGUCAAAUUGUACACCUAUCAAAUGUUCCGUGCCUUGAAUUACAUCCACUCUCAAGGCAUUUGUCACCGAGAUAUCAAGCCGCAGAACUUGUUGAUCAAUGCAGACACUGGUGUAUUGAAACUUUGUGACUUUGGUUCAGCAAAGAUUUUGAAUCCAGCAGAGCCAAACGUCUCUUACAUUUGUUCCAGAUACUACCGUGCACCUGAAUUGAUCUUUGGUGCCACCAACUACACUACGAAGAUUGACGUUUGGUCCGCUGGUUGUGUGAUGGCAGAGUUGAUUGUUGGUCAGCCAUUGUUCCCAGGAGAAUCAGGAGUGGACCAAUUGGUGGAGAUUAUCAAGAUUUUGGGUACGCCUUCGAGAGAACAAAUCAAAAGCAUGAACCCGAACUAUACGGAGUACAAGUUCCCUCAGAUUAAGCCAAUCCCAUUGUCGAAGAUUUUUAAGAAGAUGUCUAAUGAUUGCAUUCAAUUUUUGGUGAGAGUGUUGGAGUACUCGCCAAUUGACCGUAUUUCGUGUAUUGAGGCGUUGGCUGAUCCUUACUUUGACGAGUUGAGAGAUCAAAAUACCAAGUUGCCCAAUUACAGAAAGUUGUUCAGUCAACAGUUCUACAACGGCUCAUCGCACUACCCACAUCAAAGCAACGCCAACUACCAGUUGUACUCUAGCCAGCCCGACGUCAAGGAACUUCCAGAACUCUUUGACUUUGAUGACCGGGAAUUAUCGGUGGAACCCUCUUUGAACACCAAGAUGAUCCCGGAAUUUGCAUUAGAUAGAUUGAAGUUCACCAGGGGCACAUCAUUGGGAGAUUUCGUGCCUUUGUCCCCAGAGGAGAUGCGGGUCACGUUGGAUUAG